AGGCUUCACCUUCUGUCUCGGGAACUUAUUAAAGGAUUACAGCUGAAAAAGACAAAAGAAAGAAAAUCUUGAUCAGGAAGCUUAUCCUACAAUGAGAAUUACAAGUACAUCUUGUAUCUGCCCAGUCCUAGUUUGUCUCUGUUUUGUGCAGAGGUGUUAUGGAGCUGCUCACCAUGGCUCCAUCAAGGUGACCAGAAAUCAAACCAAACACGUAGAAGGCGAAACAGAAGUGCAUCAUCGUCCCAAGCGUGGAUGGGUGUGGAAUCAGUUCUUUGUUUUAGAAGAACACAUGGGACCAGAUCCUCAGUAUGUGGGAAAGCUGCACUCCAAUUCCGACAAAGGUGAUGGAUCAGUCAAAUACAUUCUUACUGGAGAAGGGGCGGGGACUAUAUUUAUUAUUGAUGACACGACUGGAGACAUCCAUUCAACCAAAAGCCUAGAUCGAGAGCAGAAGACACACUAUGUGCUUCAUGCCCAAGCUAUUGAUAGACGGACAAACAAGCCACUCGAGCCUGAAUCUGAAUUUAUUAUCAAAGUGCAGGAUAUCAACGACAAUGCACCAAAAUUUACAGAUGGACCAUACAUUGUUACUGUGCCAGAGAUGUCUGAAAUGGGUACAUCUGUUCUACAGGUGACAGCCACAGAUGCAGAUGACCCUACAUAUGGAAACAGCGCCAGAGUAGUGUACAGCAUUCUUCAGGGACAGCCAUAUUUCUCUGUUGACCCUAAAACAGGAGUCAUCAGAACUGCCUUGCACAACAUGGACAGGGAAGCCAGAGAGCAUUAUUCCGUUGUCAUUCAAGCCAAAGAUAUGGCUGGGCAGGUCGGAGGGCUGUCAGGGUCAACAACUGUAAAUAUCACACUCACUGAUGUCAACGACAAUCCACCCAGGUUUCCUCAGAAACAUUAUCAACUGUAUGUUCCUGAAUCAGCUCAAGUUGGAUCAGCAGUUGGCAAAAUCAAAGCAAAUGAUGCAGACACUGGUUCAAAUGCAGACAUGAAGUACACAAUUAUAAAUGGUGAUGGCUCUGGGGUGUUCUCCAUAUCUACUGACAAAGAAACAAGGGAAGGGAUUCUUUCCCUGAAGAAGCCGCUCAACUAUGAAAAAAAGAAGUCAUAUACACUUAAUAUAGAAGGAGCAAAUACUCACCUUGAUUUCCGCUUUUCGCACUUGGGACCAUUCAAAGAUGUCACAAUGUUGAAGAUCAUUGUUGGUGAUGUGGAUGAACCUCCGCUCUUCACUAUGCCUUCCUAUGUCAUGGAAGUUUAUGAAAAUGCGAAGAUCGGGACUGCUGUUGGCACAGUAACAGCACAAGAUCCUGACACUGCCAACAGUUUAGUGAGAUAUUUCAUUGAUCAUAACACAGAAGAAGAUAGGUAUUUCACCAUUGAUGCUGGUACUGGGACCAUAAAGACUGCCAAGAUCUUUGACAGAGAGGAGACACCUUGGUACAACAUCACAGUGGCUGCUUCUGAGAUAGACAAUCCUGGGCUAGUGAGCCACGUUCCAGUUGGUAUUAGAAUCCUGGACAUCAAUGACAACCCUCCAGAGCUUGCCAGAGAUUAUGAUGUAGUCGUCUGUGAGAAUGCAAAGCCUGGUCAGGUAAUUCAGACUAUCACUGCAACUGACAAAGAUAACUCUGCAAAUGGGGCAAGAUUCCAUUUUUCCCUUGAUGAAGGGCUUUCUUUGAAUCCCAACUUUACUCUAAGGGACAAUGAAGAUAAUACAGCCAGUAUCCUGACAAGACGAAGGAGAUACAGUCGAACCACUCAAGAUAUAUAUUACCUCCCAGUUUUGAUUUCUGAUGGUGGAGUGCCCCCUCUCAGCAGCAGCAGUACUCUCACAAUUAGGGUUUGUGCGUGUGAGAGAGAUGGACGAGUGAGAACUUGCCAUGCUGAAGCUUUCCUCUCCUCGGCUGGCUUGAGCACAGGAGCUUUAAUCGCAAUCCUACUCUGUGUUGUCAUUCUUCUUGCAAUUGUGGUCCUUUUCGUCACCCUAAGACGUAGCAAGAAGGAGCCCUUGAUCAUUUCAGAAGAAGACGUCCGGGAAAACGUUGUGACAUAUGAUGAUGAGGGUGGUGGGGAAGAAGACACAGAAGCAUUUGACAUCACAGCGCUGCGGAAUCCAUCAGCUGCUGAGGAGCUGAAAUACCGGAGGGAUGUUCGUCCUGAAGUGAAGCCUGCGACCAGGCAUCAUCCCUCCUCAAGCUUUGACAGUAUAGAUGUCCAGGAGUUCAUUAAACAAAGACUGGCAGAGGCUGAUCUGGACCCCAGCGUGCCCCCGUAUGACUCCCUACAGACAUAUGCCUAUGAGGGUCAUAGAUCAGAAGCUGGAUCUAUCAGCUCUCUGGAUUCAGCCACAACACACUCUGACCAGGAUUAUAAUUACCUUGGAGACUGGGGACCUGAGUUCAAGAAGCUGGCUGAACUCUAUGGGGAAAUAGAAUCAGAAAGAACAACUUAG